CUUCAUACUGGAGAGAAACCUUACAAAUGUGAAGAAUGUGACAGAGCUUACAGUUUCAAAUCAAACCUUGAAAUACAUCAGAAACUUCAUACUGAAGACAAUCCUUACAAGUGUAAUGAGUGUGGCAAGACCUUUAGCCGAACGUCAUCCCUUACAUGCCAUCGUAGACGUCAUACUGGAGAGAAACCUUACAAAUGUGAAGAAUGUGACAAAGCAUUCCGUUUCAAAUCAAAUCUUGAAAGACAUAGGAGAAUUCAUACUGGAGAGAAGCCGUACAAGUGUAAUGAGUGUGGCAAGACCUUUAGUCGGAAGUCAUACCUUACAUGCCAUCGUAGACUUCAUACUGGAGAGAAACCUUACAAGUGUAAUGAGUGUGGCAAGACGUUUAGUCACAAGUCAUCCCUCACAUGCCAUCGUAGACUUCAUUCUGCAGAGAAACCUUACAAGUGUAAUGAGUGCGGCAAGACCUUCAAUCAGCAGUUAACCCUUAAACACCAUUGUAGACUUCAUACUGGAGAGAAACCUUACAAAUGUGAAGAAUGUGACAAAGCUUACAGUUUCAAAUCAAACCUUGAAAUCCAACAGAAAAUUCAUACUGAAGAGAAUCCUUACAAGUGUAAUGAAUGUGGCAAGACCUUCAGCCGGACGUCAUCCCUUACAUGCCAUCGUAGACUUCAUACUGGAGAGAAACCUUACAAAUGUGAAGAAUGUGACAAAGCUUUCCGUGUGAAAUCAAACCUUGAAGGACAUAGGAGAAUUCAUACUGGAGAGAAACCAUACAAGUGUAAUGAGUGUGGCAAGACUUUUAGUCGGAAGUCAUAUUUUACAUGCCAUCAUAGACUUCAUACUGGAGAGAAACCUUACAAGUGUAAUGAAUGUGACAAGACCUUUAGUCAGAAGUCAUCCCUUAUAUGCCAUCGUAGACUUCAUACUGGAGAGAAACCUUACAAGUGUAAUGAGUGUGGCAAGACAUUUAGUCAGAAGUCAAACCUUACAUGCCAUCGUAGACUUCAUACUGGAGAGAAACCUUACAAAUGUAAUGAGUGUGGCAAGAACUUUAGUCAGAAGUCAUACCUUACAUGCCAUCGUAGACUUCAUACUGGAGAAAAACCUUACAAGUGUAAUGAAUGUGGUGAGGUUUUUAAUCAACAAGCACACCUUGCAGGUCAUCAUAGAAUUCACACUGGAGAGAAGGCUUAGAAAUGUGAAGCAUGUGACAAAG